CUUUGCAGAGUAGCCUACCAUUCACGGAAAAUCAGCAUACUUCCGCGUAAAGCAAUUAGGCUACUAUCGCUCACUCCAUUGGUCUACCCUACAGAGAGCAUCGAAGCAACGUUGCGGUGUCUUCAAAGGAGAAACUGCGUAAUGCGCAAUAGCUGCUGGUCUCCAGUGCGCCUUGUCAGUCCAUCAGGCUGUGACACUUAUCGUUUCGAAAGCAGCAGCGCACCACACAGAGAGAGAACGAGCAGGAGAGAAUGGAGAAAAGUGAAGAGAACGACGAUGAAGCCUCCUCGUCCCACCAAAACACAAUGUGGAAACAAUUUCAAGCGAGAGCCAAACCCAUCCUUAGCCCCAAACUCAGCGCCAGAAACCCAGAUGAGAAAAAGGAAAAGGGAUCAUUGUGGAUGUUUCGGAAAAAGAAAAAACACGCUGUUUUGGAUCGGGUGAUCUCCUCCUCACAGCCCGACCUAUUCUCCGAACCGGUGGGUUUGGACUUGCAGGAGUCGCCCCUCUGCGGCAAAGUGGACCCGAGCACCAGCCACAGCUCCAGACAGGCGGGCGAAGAGACGAUGCAGCAGCCCGACACACAGGGAGUCGUUAGCGGCUCGGGAAUCCCGAAGCCCACGCUAGUACAGCUGGUGCAGUCCCACCACAAGAGCUCUUCGCUGGGGUCCUCGUGCCUGGAGAGGCUGGUUGCGGACCCUUCAGCGAGUGGUAGUGACAGCGAUGUAGGAGAAAAGGAGGCACAGCUGGAUAAAGCUGACCUGCAGGUUAUGGGUGCCACUGAUGCCUCGGGGGUUAACUCAGACAGAGCUCUGCCCAGCUCAGAGAUGUACCAGCUGGACAUAGUGCUGAAGAGAGGACACAACCUGGCCAUACGGGACAGAGGAGGUACCAGUGAUCCGUAUGUGAAGUUUAAGCUGUGCGGGAAAGAGGUGUUUCGCAGUAAGACCAUCCACAAGAACCUUAACCCUGUCUGGGACGAGGGGACUAAAAUACUGGUGGACAGUCUGCAGGAUCCUCUCUAUGUCAAGGUGUUUGACUAUGACUUCGGCCUUCAGGAUGACUUCAUGGGUUCAGCUUACCUCUACCUGGAGGCCCUGGAGCAACAGCGGGCGAUACCAGUUACUCUGACACUGCAGGACCCUCACUACCCUGAUGUAGACCUGGGAACACUGGAGCUGACCGUCACCUUAAGGCCUAAAGACGGCUCCAUAGAUGAGCCGCACAGAGAUGCCACUACCAUGCUGCUCAAACGGGCCUGGAGGCGAUCCAGUAAGCAGCAGUCAGUGCGUCUGGCAGAGCUGCACCGUAAGCACCAGCUGUGGAGAGGCAUCGUCAGCAUCUCUCUGAUCGAAGGUCGCGACCUUUGCCCCAUGGACCCUAAUGGCCUCAGUGACCCCUAUGCGAAGUUCAGACUGGGAAACCAGAAGUACAGGAGCAAGACCAUGCCUAAGACGCUGUGUCCCCAGUGGAGAGAGCAGUUUGAUCUGCACAUGUAUGAAGAGACAGGAGGAGUGCUUGAAAUUGCAGUCUGGGACAAAGAUACAGGACGCAGGGAUGACUUCAUAGGACGCUGUACAUUAGACUUGUCCACCCUCGCUAAGGAACACACCCAUCGGUUAGAGCUGACGUUGGAGGAGUCCCGGGGCUCUGUGGUGCUGCUGGUCACUCUGACAGCAUCCUCACACGUCUCCAUCGCCGACCUGUCGCUCACCCCGCUCGACGACCCCAUCGAACGCAGGGAGAUCAUGGGCCGAUAUGGCAUGUUCCGGCCCCUGUCUAACCUGAAAGAUGUGGGGAUAGUUCAGGUCAAGGUGAUGAGAGCUGAGGGCCUCAUGGCUGCCGAUGUCACAGGUAAGAGUGAUCCUUUCUGUGUUUUGGAGCUGAAUAACGAUCGGUUACAAACACACACCAUCUACAAGAACCUCAACCCGGAAUGGAACAAAGUCUUCACCUUUAAUGUGAAGGACAUCCACUCUGUGUUGGAGGUGACAGUGUUUGAUGAAGACCGAGACAGGAGCGCUGACUUCUUGGGGAAAGUGGCCAUCCCACUGUUACAUAUCCAGAAUGGAGAACAGAAGGGUUAUGUAUUGAAGAAUAAGGAGAUGACUGGACCAACUAAAGGACUCAUCUACCUAGAGUCUGUCGUCAUCUAUAGCACUGUGAAGGCAGGCUUGAGGACGAUAGUUCCACCAGAGCAGAAGUACAUUGAGGAAGAACCCAAAGUGUCUAAACAUUUGCUCCAGCAGAACUUUAACCGAGUGAAGAGGUGCAUCAUGUUCGUGAUAAACAUUGGAACCUUCAUUAACAGCUGCUUUGAGUGGGAGUCACCUCAGAGGAGCAUCAGUGCCUUCCUGUUCUUUGUGGUAGUAGUGUGGAACUUUGAGCUCUAUAUGGUGCCUGGGGCUCUGCUGCUGCUGUUGACGUGGAACUACUUCAUCACUGCAGGCAGGGAGUCAGGAGACACGGCAGGAGAAGCCACGUUUGAGUGGGAGGAGGAGGAAGAGGAGAAAGAUGACAAGGAUUCAGAGCGUAAGGGCUUCAUGGAUAAGCUGUAUGCCCUCCAGGAUGUGUGUGUCAGUGUACAGAGUGCCUUGGAUGACGUGGCCUCCCAUGGAGAGAGGAUAAAGAAUACAUUUAACUGGACAGUGCCUUUCCUGAGUUGGCUGGCCAUAUCUGUUCUGUGUGUGGCUACAGUCCUCCUCUACCUCAUCCCUCUGCGAUACCUCGUGCUCGCCUGGGGUGUGAAUAAGUUUACUAAGAAGCUCAGGAAUCCGUACCUGAUCGAAAACAAUGAGGUGCUAGACUUCCUCUCUAGAGUCCCCUCAGACGUACAAGUGAUGCAGUAUCGGGAGCUGAAGUUCGAUCCAGGACAGAGCCCCAGCAAACGAAAGAAGACCAACCUUGGCUAGACACACACACACAAUGGACUCUGUCUCGGAGGGAUAUUCAACUCUCCCAUACUUUGUAAAUAGGGUACGCAACUGUAAACAUUGUAAAACAAAUAGUAUAGAAUUUUUUUAUAUUAUGAAUAUUUCAUCAUUAUGAUUAAGACUAGUGCUAGUUUUAUUUUGUAUGUUUUAGUUAUUGUGGAAGUCACAGCCCAAAGAGAACACAGUGUAUGUUUUUUUACUCCUUUUCUUUGUUUGGUCACAAUAUCAUUUUAUAAAACGGGUUCAAACAUUUCAGAAUUUUUUUAAUUGAAAGAUUCCCUUCUGGAGACGUGUGUGCUUUCCCCCGACUAGAUACCUGCAUACCUGCAUACCUGUACAAGAUCAGCACAGGGACACACACUAGCCUCCAGGACUAAGUUGCCAGUUAUAAAAACUUUGUUUUUAAUAAAGAUUUAUAAAGAGAUAUAUACAAAUAUAUGUACUGUAUGUGUAUAACAAAGACUAUGUAUUUAUAUCAAAGAGCAUAUACGACGUAUGUACUGUGUAUGUUUGUCAAAUCAAAAAAAUAUUGAUCACAUACACAUAUUUAGCAGAUGUUUUUGCGAGUGUAUCGAAAUGCUUGUAUAACACAAAAAAAUACUGCAAAGUUGCUUAGGAGUUAUAAGCAGAGCUGCCAUGUCUAUUGGCGCCAUCUUUACCCUAGUCUGAAUUUCUGCAGGUUUCUUUUAACGUACAGAGAACAGUGAGUCUUCUUGCAAAAGUCUUCUGUUUCUUUGGUCCAGACACAUUUUUUAUAUGAGCAUCUGCCAUUGAAUACCUCGAAGAACAUGGCUGACGUUUGGCGUUUUGUGUAACCUAUUUUUUAAACGUAUUGUGAACAUAAUGUUACUGCUACCGUCUCUUAUGACUGAAAAGAACUUCUGGACAUCAGAAAAGCGAUUGCUCACCGCAGACUGGAAGAAACUUUUUCCUUUAACGAGUCCGACGAGAAGGAUAUCCUGCUUUCACUGGAACAGGCCCAGAACCACGUCUUUUGCUGAAAAAAAGACACCCGAAAAGGGGCCGCAGAUCGGGCAUUCUUCUGAAAAUCCUGAGGUGAGCGAGUAAACUCCCACUGCCUUCCAUUCUUCUCGCUAACGUGCAAUCAUUGGACAAUAAAAUUGACGACCUACGAUAAAGAUUAUCAUACCAACGGGACAUUAAAAACUGUAAAAUCUUAUGUUUCACAGAAAAGUGGCUGAACGAAGAUACGGACAAUAUAGAGCUAGCAGGAUUUUCCAUGCACCGGCAGAACAGAGACGCUACCUCUGGUAAAACGAGGGGUGGGGUUGUGUGUCUUUUUGUCAAUAACAGCUGGUGCGCGAUGUCUAAAAUUAAAGAAGUCUUGAGGUAUUGCUUGCCUGAGGUAGAGUACCUUAUGAUAAGCUGUAGACCGCACUAUCUACCAAGAGAGUUCUCAUCUGUAUUAUCCAUAGCCGUCUAUUUACCACCACAAAAUGAACCUGGCACUAAGACCGCUCUCAACCAACUCUACAAGGCCAUAAGCAAUGAAGAAAAUGCUCACCCAGAAGUGCCACUCCUAGUGGCACGGGGACUUUAAUGCAGGCAAACUUAAAUCAGUUUUACCAAAUUUCUAUCAGCAUGUCACAUGUGCAACAAGGGGGGGAAAAAAUCCUAAACCAUCUUUACUCCACACACAGAGAUGCAUACAAAGCUCUCCCCUGCCCUCCAUUUGGCAAAUCUGACCAUAAUUCUAUCCUGAUUCCUGCUUUCAAUCAAAAACUAAAGCAGGAAGUACCAGUGACUCGCUCAAUACGGAAGUGGUCAGAUGACGCGGAUGCUACACUACAGGACUGUUUUGCUAGCACAGACUGGAAUAUGUUCCAGGAUUCAUCCAAUGGAAUUGAGGAGUACACCACCUCAGUCACCGGCUUCAUCAAUAAGUGCAUCGAUGACUACGUACAUAUCCCAACCAGUAGCCAUGGCAACAUCCGCAUACGUACAGGCAACAUCCGCAUCGAGCUAAAGGCUAGAGCUGCCGCUUUCAAGGAGCGGGAGACUAAUCCGGGCGCUUAUAAGAAAUCCUGCUAUGCCCUCAGACGAACCAUCAAACAAGCAAAGCGUCAAUACAGGAUUAAGAUUGAAUCCUACUACUCCGGCUCAGACGCUCGUCAGAUGUGGCAGGGCUUGAAAAUUAUUACGGACCACAAAGGGAAACCCAGAUGCUAGCUGCCUGGUGACACAAGCCUACCAGAUGAGCUACAUGCCUUUUAUGCUUGCCUCGAGGCAAGCAACACUGAAGCAUGUACGAGUGCACCAGCUGUUCGGUAGCCGAUGUGAACAAAACCUUUAAACAGGUCAACAUUCACAAAUCCGUUGGGCCAGACGGAUUACCAGGAUGUGUACUCAAAGCAUGCGUGGACCAACUGUCAAGUGUCUUCACUGACAUUUUCAACCUCUCCCUGACCGAGCCUGUAAUACCUACAUGUUUCAAGCAGACCACCAUAGUCCCUGUGCCCAAAGAAGCGAAGGUAACCUGCCUAAAUGAUUACCGCUCCGUGGCACGUCGGUAGCCAUGAAGUGCUUUGAAAGGCUGGUCAUAGCUCACAUCAACAGCAUCCUCCUGGACACCAUAGAUCCAUAGUGCCCACAAAGCUCAUCAAUAAGCUAAGGACUCUGGGACUAAACACGUCCCUCUGCAACUGGAUCCUGGACUUCCUGGCAGGCCGCCCCCAGGUGGUAAGAGUAGGCAACAACACGCCUGCCACACUGAUCUUUAACACUGGGGCCUCUCAGGGGUGUGUACUUAGUCCCCCCCUGUAUUACCUGUUCUCCCACGACUGCGUGGCCAAAUACGACUCCAACACUAUCAUUAAGUUUGCUGACGACACAACAGUGGUUGGGCUGAUCACCGACAAUGAUGAGACGGCCUAUAGGGAGGAAGUCAGAGAACUGGCAGUGUGGUGCCAGGACAACAACGUCUCUCUCAAUGUGAGCAAGACAAAGGAGCUGAUCGUGGACUACAGGAAAAGGUGGGCCGAACAGGCCCCCGUUAACAUCAACGGGGCUGUAGUGGAGCGGGUCGAGAGUUUCAAGUUCCUUGGAGUCCACAUCACCAACAACCUAUCAUGGUCCAACCAUACCAAGACAGUCGUGAAGAGGGCAGGACAAAACCUUUUCCCCCUCAGAAGACUGAAAAGAUUUGGCAUGGGUCCCCAGAUCCUCAAAAGGUUCUACGGCUGCACCAUCGAGAGCAUCCUGCUCGGCAUCUGACCAUAAGGCGCUACAGAGGAUAGUGCGAACCGCCCAAUAGAUCACUGGGGCCAAGCUUCCUGCCAUCCAGGACCUAUAUAUAAUAGGCGGUGUCAGAGGAAAGCCCAUAAAAUUGUCAGAGACUCCAGCCACCCAAGUUAUAGACUCGUUUUCUCUGCUGCCGCACGGCAAGCGGUACUGGAGCACCAAAUUUAGGACUAAAAGGCUCCUCAACAGCUUCUACCCCCAAGCCAUAAGACUGCUGAACAAUUCAUAAAAUCGCCACUGGAAAAUGUACAUUUACCCCCCCCUUUUGUACACUCGCUGUUUGUUUGUUACCUAUGCAUAGCCACUUCGCCCCCACCUACAUGUACAGAUUACCUCAACUAGCUUGUACCCCUGCACACUGACUCGGUACCGGUGCCCCUUGUAUAUAGUCUCGUUAUUCUUAUUGUGUUACUUUUAUUAUGACUUUUUAUUUUAGUCUACUUGGUAAAUAUUUUCUUCUUCUUGAACUGCACUGUUGGUUAAGGGCUUGUAAGUAAGCAUUUCACGGUAAAGUCUACACUUGUUGUAUUAGGCGCAUGUGACAAAUACCAUUUGAUUUGAUUUGACUGAACUUGGACUGAUAGCAGAAUCAUCUAGGAAGUCAGUGCAUUCUAGCUUAGAAUGCUAAAGAUGAUUUUACAAUGUCAGGGUCUCGCAUGAAUCUGAACCUGUGAGAAAGUGCAUUUAUAUAUGUGAUAUGUGGAGUGCAUAUUCGUUGUGUGUGUUGCAUGAGUGUGUGUCGCAUCCUGAAGUCAGCAAAAAGACUUGUUGAUAGUGUAUUUGCAUUUAUCCCAAGAAUAGUGUUUUUCUUUAACAUCAGCUCCAUCAAAGGAUUCUUCCUGGUUCUCAUGUGAUUCACCUGAUCAGGAUUUGACCUGUGAUGUGUGUGUUUAUAAACAUUCAUUGGCUGAUCUGGGGUUGAAUGUCAACUGACAGUGUACUCUUAUCUGAGAACACGCUCGUCAAAGGUUUAUGACCACAGGUUUACCAUAGAGUGAGGUCACUGCACGUUGAUGGGGUCCACAAAAAGUACCUGAUGAAAGGAAGAGGACAGAGACGCACACCUGGAAAAGUAUAUUCUUUGUUUGAAUAAAAAAUCAUUAGAGGAAUAACAGCCGCAGGUUUACAACAUGAGCUCUGGGUCGGCUGAAGCCAAAAUCAUGAGAUCAUCCUCUGAUAAUGUUGGUUAAUAUAAAAUACAUUUGUAAUGUUUUAUUUUCUGUCUCUGUCUGCAUAGACCAUGUUCAUAAAUUAUUGUUGUACCGCUGUGACUGUUAAUGCUUGAUGCUGAAGGAAUUCUGUAUGGUCUGCCUGAUACAGUAUAUAAAGACCAUGUAACUGGAGCAAAAAU